AUGUAUCUAUUUCGGCAACAACAACAAAUUCUCUUUACUUUCGUUCUUCUGAUCCAAGCAAGUUCAGCAUUUUGGUGGUCUCUGAGUUUACCUUCAUUUCAAAUAUGGUCGUCAACUUCAACUGAUCAAGAACCGUUCUGUUCUUCAUUAACAUUUUUAACUGUCGAACAACGUUAUCUCUGUCAAACGAAUCCGAAAAUAUUUACUAUUAUUAGUCGAUCUUUACGACAAGCAAUUGACGAAUGCCAAUAUCAGUUUCGAAAUCAACGAUGGAAUUGUUCAAUCUUCAAUCAAUCGGAUGUUUUCGGAAAACUUGUUUUACGAAAAACACCGGAAACAGCAUUUAUUUAUGCAUUAACAUCUGCUUCAGUCAUGCAUAGUAUUGCUAAAGCUUGUGCAAAAGGUGAACUAACCGAAUGUGGUUGUGAUAAAAGUCAACCAUCGUCGUCAUCAUCAUCAUCAUCAUCAGUAUCAGGCUCAGCUUCUAUACGUCCGCGAGCUAUGUUACAAUAUCAAACAAGUACAAUGCCGUCAAUGAGCAUCUCAUUGUUUCCAUCCACACCAACGCCUCAACCAAUGGAAGGAUUUGAAUGGGGCGGCUGUUCGGAUGAUCUGAAAUUCGGUCGAAAUAUCAGUACAUCAUUCAUUGAUACACAAGAAUCGUACGUAACGCGUCGUCGCAUUGUACGCAUGGUAAAUUUACAUAAUAAUGAAGCUGGCAGACAAGCUGUCGAACGGAAUGUUCAAUUGACAUGUAAAUGUCAUGGUGUUAGCGGUUCAUGUACAUUACGUGUUUGUUGGCGCACGUUGCCCGAUUUUCGUUUAAUUGGCUCAGAAUUACGCACGAAAUAUGCCAGUGCAACACAAGUUCGAUUAAAUCGUCGUCUAAGUUUACUUAAACCAAGAAAGAAUUCCAUGAAAUUGUUCAACACCACUGAUCUUAUCUAUAUUCAUGAAUCGCCAUCGUUUUGCGAGAAAAAUCUUCGUCUUGGCUCAUUAGGUACACAAGGACGCGAAUGUAACUUGACACUGAAUGAACCUGGUUCUUGUUCAGUAUUAUGUUGUGAUCGAGGUUAUGAAACGAUUAUAAGCACAAUUGAAGAAGAUUGUGAGUGUCAAUUUCAUUGGUGUUGCGAAGUACGAUGUAAACGUUGUAUUAAACGAGUGGAAAAACAUUUUUGUAAAUGA